UUUUUCGUGUGUUGUAUAUAAAAAGAAAAAGACGACUUUUUUUUUUUUAAACUAAAAAUUAUAGAAAUCCCAAAUUUUAAAAAUUAUAUUUUUUUUUUAUUACUGCGCCAAUUUCGUACCCUUUAAAUUUAAAGCCUUUAUCAAAAUGUCACCAUCCCAAUUUCAAAUUCAAACAAUCGAAUAUCAUAUCGAUACAGAAUUGGAGCAUGAAAGCCCACUUACGCUCAGUGAAAAACAUUUAGCAGAAUUGAUUACUCUAUGUCAAGAUAGAGGAAUAAGUAUUGAAGGUGAUAAACCCACUUUGAUAAAAGCAUUACUGGAUUGGAAACUAAAUACACGACCUGUUCCCGCGCCGUCUACGCCUAAGCUUUUCUCAAUCGAUGGAUCAAGUGGGUUAAAGCAAGAUAAAAUUUGUUCCUUAUCAUCGGUAUUUUUGGAUAAUGAUGCAAGUGAAAUAAAAUAUGAGGAUCUAGAAAUCGGUAGAAAAAUAGGCUCGGGAGGUUUUAAAGAUUGCUAUGAAGGAAAAUACAAAGAACAAUCUGUCGCCAUUGGAGAACUUCGCGUUGUUAAUUUUAGUGAAUCUGAUCUCAAAGAAACGAAACAUGAGAUUAAUGUCCUAAAACAACUACGUCACGAGAACAUUAUUCAAUUCAUAGGAAUAAGCACUAAUACUAAACAAUUAUUUAUUAUAACUGAAUUUUGUGAAAAUGGUGAUUUAUUUGACUAUAUGAGAAAAGUACCAAGACCACCUUUUACUCAACAGAUCAUGUUUAUGCAUGACAUUGCACUUGGCAUUACAUAUUUACACACUCGUCGUCCAAGCAUUAUUCAUAGAGAUUUGAAAUCUAUGAACAUAUUGAUAUCCUCUAAUUUACGAGCGAAAAUUAAUGAUUUUGGAUUAGCCCGUAUUAGACCAAAAGCAAAUGCAAGUAUGCACACCCAAUGUGGUACUCCAAAUUGGCAAGCACCAGAAUUUUGGACUCCUAAUCCUAGCUAUACUGAAAAGGUUGAUGUAUAUGCCGCUGCACUUAUUUUCUGGGAAAUUUUGACAUGGGGAGAAGCUGGAUAUCCUUAUCACAAUUAUAACGAACAUCAAUUGUAUGAGGCUGUUAGAGAUAGAAAUGUUCGUCCAUCACUAAUUGAAUUAAAGAAUUAUCCAACUACACUUCUUUUAUUAAUUCAAGAUAUGUGGCAGAAACUUCCUUCAGCGCGACCAAGUAUGGCUCAAGUGGUCGAAUCGCUUGUUCAAUAUUUAAAUUAAAUUAUUUAACAUUUUAUUUAUAUCUUCUCUACAUAUUAAUGGAAAAACUAUUAUAAAAAAAAAAAAAAUUUAUUUCCU